AUGCUAUUCGUCGAGUGGAGUAACUUUGGAAAGAACAAAUGGACUACUUUAGUCUUUGUGUUGGUGAUUAUUGUUUGGGGCAUGUUGAUUGCUGGUAUGGCAACACCAUGGUACAAGAUCACCGUUAGAAACGACGCUGAACCAAACCCAGGUGAAUACUCUAUCUACUUUUAUGCACCAAAGAUUCUCGCAGUCACCAAGUUGGACAAGGGAGACGAACCAAGUGAGAAUGAUCUUGGUUGGGAUGGUUUUGAUUUAACAAAAGUACACAAUAUUAUCAAUACCAAUUUAGCAUUUGCAGCGUUGGCAUGGCUCACUUUGUUGGCAGUUUUGGUGAUGACUUUCUUGGUACAGGUAAACAUUGCUAGAUUCUGCCCAGGAGGUGUAUCAAUGUGGUUGAUUACAAAGAUUAUGAUUGCAGUAGCAGCAUUGUUGAUUUUAAUUUGUAUUGCUGUUCAAGCUGGACUUCCAGGUGGUUUCAAGGAUUCCACCCAAGCAGACAAUCCCAAUAGAAGAUUCACUCAAUGUGAUGGAACAUGUGACGAUUCUUGGUCAGGAUCAGAAGGAAAUACCAAAUGGGGACCUGGAACUGGAUGGAUUAUUACCAUUGUAUCAUUUUUCGUUUGUAUUGCCGCUGCAAUUGUUCCAUGGGUUUUAAAGGAUGGAGAUAUUACAGAGUCAACUCCAAAGAGCUCUCCAGCAGUUUAA